AUGGCAUUCGUUGUUUCUAAGCUAGCAGAAGUCAACUGGACUCAGUUGGGCGUAGUUGUUGGCACUUUUCUAAUCGCGAUUCCAAUCUCGGUCCCGUGGUUUUACGGGAACUUGUCAGCGUACAUAGACUCGUAUUACAUCAGCAAACUCGGGCCAGACGGGCAUAGUGUCGGAUCACUAUGGAUGCUGGCUAUUUACGGCUUCGGCAUGAACUUAGCCGUCGUGUUUUCUGGGAUGUUGGCUAAAAGAAUCGGCCCAUGGCUAACAUCAGCGGUUGCCAUGGUAGCGUACAACUUAUCUUUAUUCAUGUCGUUUUUCACCAUCCAGCACAGUUUCUGGCUGCUGCACGUGACGCUGGGUGUUCUCAGUGGACUAAGUACCGGAGCCUGCUACUCUAUGAUACUCUACUUCCCAGUGAUUUGGGUACCAAAGAAAGUGGCACUUGUCAGUUCUAUAGUUCUCGCCGCAUUCGGCGGUGGCAGCAUCAUAUUCAACCAAGUCAUAACUUUAUACAUCAAUCCGGAGAACGAUGAACCGAACUUGAGUCUGGGACAGAGCCAUUACUUUAAUCAGGAUUACAUCAUUGAGAGGGUGCCUUAUGUUUUUUUAGUCAUCGGGGGCUUGUCUUCAGCUUUCCACGUCAUAUCGUUGUUGUUGCUAAGAAACCCAGUCUCUCCCAACACAACAACAGCCAAACUAAAGGAAGCAAAUCUGGACGAGAAGACGACAUGUGAAGUAAAUUUGAGCAACUACUCGUCUAUAUCACAGGACCAAAGCAAGCCAGACCAGCAGGGUAGUGAUCUGCUUCAGGUAAAACAAGAACCUCACAUAUUUCCAUGGAAGACUCUGAAAUCUGUUAAUUUUUACCUAAUCACAUUUUCCACAACUUUGAUGAUAGGUGCUUUUCUCACAGAAAGCAACUAUUAUAAACAGUUUGGAUUUUUAUACAUACCAGACGACUACUUCCUUACAAACUUAGGUGUCGCUGUAAGCGUUGUUGUAACGGUGUGUCGCAUCUGUGUGUUUAGUUACGUGCUAGAGAAGUUUAGCUACAACUCCGUGACCAUCUUUGUCACUGCCUCUCAAGCUAUUGUAGUGGUGUUCUGGUAUUUUACUCCCACAAUCGACAAGUGGUUGUACUUUUUUACCUACAUUCUCAUUCAAUCGAUUCAGAGUGGAACUCUGAUAUUAUUUCCAUUAAUAACUCUUCGAGUUUUUGGUCCUGAAGAUUAUGUGGUCAACUUUGGUCUAGUCCUGCUCAUGGGCAGCGUCAUUCUGUUACUGACGCCAUUCUUGAUGCAGCUGAUUCUCCUCAAGUUCGGCUGGUUCUGGGUCUUCUUUUCUAUUUCCUUGACAAGCGUGGCAGCACUGGUCAUGUGUAUGUUUCUGCCACAAGAUAAGGCACAUGCUAAGUGGCAUUCAUAA